AAAAGAAACUACGGAAGAAAAAUGCAGUGACGUCAUAUCCGGCUUUAUGGCUGAGCUGGAAAGUCAACAUCUUAAGUAUUUUCCCUUUUGCUGAUGUUUCGCUUGACGUUUCGGCGUUCUCGUUAAAUGGCGACUAAAGUGUUACAAUGAAACUUCGAUUGCAGAAUGACAGAAGAGCUGUGAAAGUGAGGGAGUCAUCAACUGUCAUGCAGCCUAUUUCCAGCCAGGAGGGCACUCACGUGAGAAAUGGUUUGUCCCUUACUCUGCAAGCAGAGCUUCCCAGCAGGACCACGCUUCCUGGUGCUGCGGGCUCCGACACCGGUGAGGUGCACGUAGCCAUGAGCGGCGGCACACCGAGCGAUUCCGCCUCGGCUAGGAGGUCCAGAGUCAACCCUCACGGCCACUCCCAUUCCCAUGGGCCUACUCGCGGGCAGCGACGCCCCGCUUCCGAUGCCGACCAGACAGACCCCGGAGACCCGGACUCUGGAGAGCCCAGUAGCUCUCUUUCGGAGCUCCGCUGCUUGUUUCGCUGGCUUCAAAAGAGUCUUCCUUUUCUCGUCAUUUUGAGCGCCAAAUUGGUCAUCCAGCAUGCGUUAGGGCUCGCUGUUGGUGUUGGCCUCUUCAUGACUUUUUUCUACGUGAAUAAAAGCAUCCAAGCCCAAGUGUUUCUUCAGGGCCGCCAUGCAAAGCUACAUUGUGGAUGGCUGCUCCUGCUCCUGAUCUCCUCCACCCUCCUGCUUUACUACACCUUCCUCUCUCAGGCGCUUUACAACUGCCUCGUGUUCCUCAGUCCGACUAUUGAACCUCUGGGAUUCUGGGAGGUCCUGUGGGCAGUUGGCAUCACCAACUUUGUCAUCAAAUUCCUCUUUAUGGGGAUCAAGUGCCUUGUCUUGCUGCCGCCUCCUUCGCUGCUCAACUACAGAGCACAGGGACGCUGGCUGCUGCUAAGCGAGGAGCUGGCUCAGGUCCACCAGGCCGUGGCGCCCGUGCCGCUCUGGUUCCGCUACCUGGUCACCUACCAAGAAGCCGACGGCGCCCCGGCGCUCACUGUCGGCAUUUUGCUGGCUCUGCUCUACCUCAUUCUGAAGCUUUUGGGAUUGUACGAACAGUGGACGUCUUUACUGAAAAGCGUGAGGGUCUUUCUUAAGAGCGAGCAUACAGGGACCGCGGCCACGAGGAGUCAGUGCAUGGAGGCUGGAGACGUGUGUCCCAUUUGUCAGGGAGAGUACAGGGACCCUCAGGCUCUCAUCUGCCAGCACAUAUUCUGUGACGAGUGCAUCGCUCUAUGGUUCAACCGGGAGAAAAGCUGCCCCCUCUGCCGAACAGUGAUCACGGAAAAGGUGUACAAGUGGAGGGAUGGAGCCACAUCCCCUCACCUGCAGAUUUACUGAUCACACACGUUUGGGAGCGUGAAUGAAUGUGACUACGUUUGAUUGUCAAAUGUGUGCAACACUGGUCAGGUAAUUUUAUGAAGCCACCCAUUGUCAUUAAAUUCAAAGUUAUUCUGUAGUUUGUUCAUAUCCUGAAGUAUACCCCCCCCCCCAUUUCACUUGUUUUUGCAUUGUACUGUAUUUUUUGUCAUAUGCCUGCAUGUUGCCCUUCUCCCAAAUUAUUCUUCUAUUGUAAAUACAAGAAAAUAUUUUUCAACAAUUUGCAGGAAGUCAGGUUUCUAGAGAUUAUGUAAAAAAAAAAAUAAUGAUAAUUUUUUAUCCAGCAUUCAUGUCAGUUGGGAGGUAACAAAAAGUGUAUGAACCUCUGACCGACUGCUGUAGACUCUUUCGUCUUUAAGGUUUAAAGUUCAUUUGAGACUGCAGGCAAAUUGCACACUGCAAUGCCGUUGGACGAGGUUCUACUAGACCCAACAGCAGCCUGUAUCAGGCACAAUGGACACAUGAAUUCUAAAAUUUAUAUUUUUCUAGCUCAUACCCUAAAAUGGGUACAGCUAAGUUCAUAAAAUUUUACACGUUUUUUUGAAUAUUUUUACCGAGAUGAAGUAGCUUCCGAGUAAAAACACCAAAGAACCUAUUAGACCCUUCUACUGUGACGUCACGUUUGCACGAUGUGUGCUAAGGCGAAUCCUUCAUUGAUGUAUUACAAGACAAGUUCAUCUGGAAACAAACAAUUUAAUGAAUCAAGUUUUAUAACAUUAAAGUAAUGGUCAAAGUAGAUUGUAAACCAAAAGCAACGUACCUUUGCUUUUCCCGUUCGAAUAAGACUCCAGGCUCUUGUCCUUCCAAAUGUUGGCAUUCUUCUUUACAAUAAAAUAAUUUGUCAUGUUGUUUUUGCUCACUUUAUGUAAAACUGGCUUCAUUUGACUGGUCUCAAAGUUUUAUCCAACAAGUUGUAGUAGUAGGUGUUUCCCCGAGGGCUCUCCCUCAAACCAAUUUAAGUUUUUUCUAAGAAUUGGCUUCCAAUUUGGACUUGUAAUGGACAAGUGUGCCUAGUUUGUAAUUAUUGCAUGCAUGUCCUUUGCAUUGUGGGUAAAAUGACGUCUGGGAGAAGGACCUAAUAUAUUUUACUUAAUGAAAUAAAACCUCUUCUCUUGUCCAUUUCACUCCAAGAACUAUCCUAAUAAAAUGCAUUUGAAAAAGUUA